GUAGGUUUAAAUUGGGUGUAAACCAGUUAAACUUCGGUUAACUCGAGUUGUAGAACCGGGCCUUAGAACGUGAACAAAAUGAUUGUUGUAAACUAAGCUAUAAGAAAUGUUUGUCAAGUAUUAUCUAUAUAUUCAGUAAUCUUAGAGUUUAUAUGCUUAUUCCUUUUUGCAUUUCUUAUGAGAAACAACGUCUUUUGAUUAUAUAUUGGUGUAUUUCAUUUCAUAUUGACAUUCACCGUAUUCAUUUUAAUCCAACGUAUUUAUAUUUCCCACCACUUUUUAGAUCUGGUGAUUUCUAGUAAUUUGUUGUACUGAUUCUGGUGGUCAUUUUUUCACGAUUGGCGAUCCUGUCAAUCAGAAUCGAACCAGUUUGUUAUGAUUCCCGGUUAAUAUGGUUUACAAAAUUUGUCAGAAUAUUAAUUUUUAAAAAUAUAGUAAUGCAGAAUUUAAAAGUCCUAAUUGAUCAGAAAUAGAUAUACAAUUCAUCAGUAAUUAAUUGCUUAAAGAUACGGUUAAAAUUACGAACGAUCUGAUGGAUACCUUUGCUUGGACUGAUCAAUUAAAGUGCCCAUCCUAUCUUUGUACAAAUGAGAUAAAAAGGCGCCUUAAUAAAGGAAUAUUAGGUUUAUUAUGGGAAGAUAUUUCUGGUACAUUGUUUCCUGCCAAUGAAGUACUACAAGCACGGAAAAAUCUCCUCUUAUACAAAUUAAAGAAUGAACCCGAUGAUCCCCUUAUACAAAGUGUCAAGAAGAUCGUUCAUUUAUCAACAGAAAGAGAGAAACUCGGUAAACAAAUUGUUACAUCUGAAAAUAUGUGUGAAUCUCACGAUUAUACAUUACGAAGAAAAGAACAACAGUUAAAAAAGAUUAAAUCUACGAGGCAUUCGACACAAGUAAAAAAAGAUUUACUGAAAAUGAAGUAUAAUCAGAUGUGCGAACAAGUUCGAGACUGCGAACAGAUGAAUUUAGUUUGCAAGCAUUUAAUGCCACCCUUGGGAAAUAGCAUAGAACAAACUCUCUUUAAAAAUUGCUUAACGUUAGUGAGUACAUUAUCAUCUGGUGGAAACAGGAAACAUGUAUGGAGAACAAUAUCGGAGACUCUGUCUCCAAUUAAAAUGGGCGCUUUGUGGACUACUUUAUUAGAAAAUUGUUCAAAAGAUGCAGAUGAAUUCAUACGCUUAAGAGUAACAGUUCCAGAAAGAAAUGUUGCUUGUGAACAUAGGGAAAAUAUUGAUGUUGGCUUAGCCCGAAUUAGCGGCCAGCACAUAUCUUCUGUAGGUAGGAAAUUAAUACAUGAUGCUGACACUUGUACUCAAAAGCAGCAAACAAUGGAAUAUAUUUAUUUAAUCGAGAAUGCAGAGACUAAUCUUAUGGAGAUUGAAGAAUGGUUAUCGGUAACAUUGGAAGUUCGAAAGUUAGAACUGAUGCAAGAAAGACUGCAAGAGGAAGUAAAUGAAAUUAGUGAAGCUGUCAACGAAAGAAGAGAAUUAACGGUUGAACUCGCACACAUAGUAUCCGAAAUUCAAAACGUUGAUGUACAAAUUAAAGAACACGUUGAAGAGGUACAACAUUCAUUGAUGCUAUUAAAGACAGCCGGAUCACUAAUCGAUACAACUAAAGAGGAACUCCAGAAUAAAUUACAAAACAUUAUGGCUUUACGGACAAAAUAUCAGGAUGCAAAAUGGUUAGAUAUUAAUCUCAGUGCUGAACUCAUCGAAUUUUAUGACAAUAUGGAUAUCGCAGCAGUGCGAAAGAUAAUAUUAGGUGGAAAUAUCGGAGCAUACAGACACUCAACAUGCUGCAUCGGUAAUGCACCAAUUUCAACCAUAGUUCCACAAUAUUCAAAUAAUGUGUCUCGUUUCCCAAUGAUCCUUGCACCGAUCCAUCAUUUGAUACAGUGUCAUCACGAUUUAAUGACAAACGCUUUGUUAAAGAGAUAUGAGAAUCACGAAUCAAGUUUUACAGAAGAAGAAUUAAUUGAACCGAUAUCUCCAGAAGAACAGUCUGAUAAGAGUUGCAGUGCCAUGGAACUGUUAAAUAUAGUAGAUUUGACUUGUGACAAUAUACAUGAUCAGAUUCAGCAAUUCAAUUCCAUCUCGACUGAAUGGGCAAACCAGUCAGUACAACAGAUUUUGAUACAUGAACAUAGAUCAAUUAACGGUGUUACCUUUAAGGAGUGGUUGCAACGCUACAACACUUUAGUGUAUAUGCUACACAAAUGUAAAUAACUAAUUGCUUUCGCAUUACGUGCAUACGACAUAAAAAUGGACAUGGCUUUGAUAAUGUAAUAAAUUUUGUAUCCAACCGA